GGCAGCGGCGGCGGCGGCGGGUCAGCGGCGGCGCCCCGGCAGAGCCUCGCCGUCCCAGCUCCAGUCCCACGCGUCUUGCCCCUGCCGAGCUGAACGUCCAGCGCCAUGAGGGAAAUCGUGCACAUGCAGGCCGGCCAGUGUGGGAACCAGAUCGGCGCCAAGUUCUGGGAGGUGAUCAGUGACGAGCACGGUAUUGAUCCCACCGGUACGUACCACGGAGACAGCGACCUGCAGCUGGACCGGAUCAGUGUGUAUUACAACGAGGCUACUGGUGGGAAGUAUGUGCCCAGAGCCAUCCUUGUGGAUCUGGAACCAGGUACCAUGGACUCGGUCCGCUCCGGACCCUUCGGACAGAUCUUCCGGCCCGAUAACUUUGUCUUUGGCCAAAGUGGGGCAGGUAACAACUGGGCCAAAGGUCACUACACGGAGGGGGCAGAGCUUGUGGACUCGGUCCUGGACGUGGUGAGGAAGGAGGCGGAGAGCUGCGAGUGCCUCCAGGGUUUCCAGCUCACCCACUCCCUGGGUGGCGGCACCGGCUCUGGUAUGGGCACGCUGCUCAUCAGCAAGAUCCGUGAGGAGUACCCCGACCGCAUCAUGAACACCUUCAGCGUGGUGCCCUCCCCCAAGGUGUCAGACACCGUGGUUGAGCCUUACAACGCCACCCUGUCCGUCCAUCAGCUAGUGGAAAACACAGAUGAGACGUAUUGCAUCGACAAUGAGGCUCUCUACGACAUUUGCUUCCGCACACUCAAACUGACCACACCCACCUACGGCGACCUCAACCACCUGGUCUCCGCUACCAUGAGCGGCGUCACCACCUGUCUCCGCUUCCCCGGGCAGCUGAACGCCGACCUCCGCAAGCUUGCCGUCAAUAUGGUGCCCUUCCCCCGCCUGCACUUCUUCAUGCCGGGCUUCGCCCCUCUGACCAGCAGGGGGAGCCAGCAGUACCGGGCCCUGACCGUGCCUGAGCUCACGCAGCAGGUGUUCGACGCCAAGAACAUGAUGGCUGCUUGUGACCCACGCCACGGCCGUUACCUGACGGUGGCCGCUGUGUUCCGCGGUCGCAUGUCCAUGAAGGAGGUGGAUGAGCAGAUGCUGAAUGUGCAGAACAAGAACAGCAGCUACUUCGUGGAGUGGAUCCCCAACAACGUGAAGACUGCUGUCUGCGACAUCCCGCCGCGGGGGCUCAAGAUGGCCGUCACCUUCAUCGGCAACAGCACUGCCAUCCAGGAGCUGUUCAAGCGCAUCUCGGAGCAGUUCACUGCCAUGUUUCGCCGCAAGGCCUUCCUCCACUGGUACACGGGCGAGGGCAUGGACGAGAUGGAGUUCACCGAGGCCGAAAGCAACAUGAACGACCUGGUGUCCGAGUACCAGCAGUACCAGGAUGCCACCGCCGAGGAGGAGGGCGAGUUCGAGGAGGAGGUGGAGGAGGAUGCCUGAGGAGGUGGGAGAGAGAGGGAGGCAAACCUGCUCCAAAACAAAAAAGAAGAAAACGACAAAAAAAAAACAAAAGUAAAGCUGUGAUGAGAGAUAAAGAAAUGUAACAGAAGGAUCCUGGGUGCCUGAAUGGAUCCAUGGGAGGGUGAUGUUGGGGUGGGGGACAGAAUUGGGAAGGAUGGAGUGGGGGCGAAACGGAGAAAUGGUGAAUAAAGAGGAGGAUAGGAAAUUAAAUGACCAUGUAAGUGUGCCACAGUUUUGCGGUUUUGUUGUGACAUCGUUUAGGCCUGUUUUCCCGCCCAGAUCCUCGCGGUGAAAUGAUCUCAUGUUUUAGCAACAAGAAGAAGUCGUAAGGUCUUUCCAUCCUGCACUUCCUUAGCUUAGGGUUCAUCAUUUUAAACCCGGGUUAACAUUUAGCCCCUAGGCUACAUUUACACUGCAGGUCUUGAUGCCCAAUUCCGAUUUUCUGCCUAUUUGAUUAUUUUUUUGACCGCCUGUUUUCAUCUAUUUCCAAGUGAGCCAUAUCCGAUUCCUGUGCUUCCACCAUAGCUCUUGGAUUUGCGCCUGAAACCACCUGCGUGCAGCGGCCCACAUGCAUUGAAUGACGUGCAACUCGCACUGACCGUAAACAUCGGACGUGUGUGUGGUUAGAGGAGUGGCACUGGCACAUUACCAGAUUCUGUCCCGUUUAUUUCCACACAGGAACGUGGUCAACAGCAGACCUGAAAAUAUCCGGGUCCAUGUGCUUUUCCCCUUGUGACACGGUCGUUAUAUAUAUUCAAUACAAAAGUCAGAACUGGGUCACUUGUACCAGAUGGUCUAUAGGGGACCUUAGUUAGCACAAGACAACACUAAAGCACGAAUCUGAGCGGAUUAUCCGGGGUUAAAUCUAAGAAGGUGCAGUGUCUAAAGCCUCGGAGCAGCAUCUAAGCUGCUUUUUUUGGGAAAAUGCCCCCCCCCUCCCCCAUCAUGAAUAAUAAGUGUUAAGUAAGUCGAGUUGGGACAUGUGAUUUAAUGGAUACUUUGGGAACAAUGUAAUAUGCCACUAUCAGUGUUAAUUCUUUUUUUUCUUUUGCCAUUUUUUGCGUCAAGAUCAGUUGUCUUUGUGAAAUGUGAAUUACAUUAACACUACAAGCAUAAAGGACGU